AAAUACAAAAGCUGGCAGGCCAGGCUGAGUGAGAGCUGUGUGCUGCUGCAAGCUUCUGUGUCCUACUGGCUCCCUGCCACAAGGAUCCCAGAGAGGAUUUGGGGAGGGGACAUUCUUCAAAGAGACCACCAUGCCCUGCAAGAAGUGGAAUCUUGUGGCCAGUGUCAGUGCAGCCCUGGUGGUGGCACUCAUUGUAACGGUCCUCAUCUUCGUGCUUCAAAGCAGCCAGCACCCAGAGUGUGAGGAAGAUGCUGUCUGCAGCCCAGAUGCAGACAUGCUGGAUUACCUGGCGAGCAUGGGCCUUAUCAGUCACAGGGAUGGGCUGCUAGUCACCUGGUCCCAUGCAGCCAACAGCAAGAAGAAGAUGGAGGCUGCUCUGAGCAGUGAUGCCAUGGCCUUGGAAGCGGAUGUCACUGUGGAAGGGCUCAACACAGUCAACGAGACCGGGGUGCCAAUCAUGGCCCACCCCCCAGACAUCUACAGCGACAACACACUACAGAACUGGUUGGAGACUGUUCUGGCUUCUUCUCAGAAGAGCAUCAAAUUGGACUUCAAGAGCAUCAAAGCCGUGGGUCGCUCCCUGGACCUCCUGCGGCAGCUGACAGAAGCUGGCAGAGUCCGGAGGCCGGUGUGGAUCAAUGCAGACAUUUUGAGAGGCCCCAAUGUGCCCAUCUCCAUUGAGGUCAACGCCAUACAGUUCCUGGCAUUGGUCCAGGAGAAGUAUCCUAAGACCACCUUGUCGCUGGGCUGGACCACUCUCUAUGUGUCACCGAACAACACCUACACUCAAGCCAUGGUGGAAAAGAUGCAGGCACUGCUGGGAGAUCAACCUCAGAGAGUCACCUUCCCUUUGCGAGCAGUCAUGGUACGAGCUGCCUGGCCUCACUUCAGCUGGCUACUAGGCCAAUCUGACAGGUACUCCCUGACACUGUGGCAGGGUGCCAACGACCCUGUGUCGGUGGAUGAUCUUCUCUACAUCCGGGACAACACCGCUGCCCACCAAGUCUACUAUGACCUCUUCGAGCCAGUCCUGUCCCAGUUCAAGCAGAUGGCCUUAAAUGACACACGGAAGCGGACCUACUACACAGGCAGCAGCUUGGUCCCUCUUCUCCAGCUGCCAUGGGGUGAUGGUCUGAGUGUGGAGUGGUUGGUUCCAGAAGUUCACAGCAAUAGUGGAACAACAAUUACCAUCCCUGAUAGAGAAGGCAUGAUCCUGCUGGACAUUGGCCUCCAGAAAACAACAGCCAGAGACCCUGUGCCCAUUGUGCUUGUCCCAGGUGGCUCUGUCCUGACCCUGAAGCAGUGCCUGCUGCAGUUGGCCACACGCCCUGGACGCUGGGGCAUCCACGUGCACAUAGUGGAUCCUGCAGCCCUCUUGCCAUCCUUGACCAUCCUAGCACACCUCUCUACCCUUGACCGCCUGCCUCGACCUGUGUGGGUAGGGGCUACAAUCUCGCAUGGAAGUUUUGUGUCCCCCGGUCAUGUGAUUGGUCAAGAGUUAGUCACAGCUGUGACUGAGGUUUUUCCCCAUGUGACUGUGGCACCUGGCUGGCCAGAGGAGGUGUUGGGCAGUGGCUACAGAGAGCAGCUGAUCACUGAUAUGCUGGAGCUGUGUAAGGGACUCAGGCAACCUGUGUCCUUUCAACUGCAGGCUGCAGCACUGAGCCAGAGCCCAGAGGGAGUUGUGGCCAGGCUGCUGGCAUCCUCCCCCAGGGCUACAGUCACACUGCAGGACAGUUUUGCUGGGAGCAGCUAUGCAGCUGUGCGGGCAGGGUUGCUGGCAGCCAGGGCCGUGGACAAAACCCGAAUCUACUACAGACUACCCCAGGAGUACCGCAAAGACUUGCUGGCAGACAUUGGCAGGAACUGAUCUCCCAGCUAACCAGUGCUGAGACAGCUGACCUCUGCAAGGGUCAAGGCUUCCUUGGGAAGGUGGGGAAGCAGAACAAAUAAAUACUUCCGGCUUUUUCUA